CCAGUUCUUUCUCGAGAAAUGCCUACUUUGUGACAUUGUGGGUAAACAGAUGUCCGGAGCCACCCAGUAACUAUCAGGACUAUAAAGGCACUCUCCAUGACUGUUACCUCAAACGCCUAUAUGUACCCCUCCUCUGAGCCUCACUUUAUUUCUAGUCUUCCAAAGAGGUUUUAAGGAGUCCGUCCAACGAUGAAAAGUUAAGGGAAACAAGAUCGUUUGCUUUAAGCUGUUCACAUAAAGGUGGUUCGCGUCAUUUCCAGAUUUCCACGAACAGAUAAUCUCCAAGGUAUCAGGAGAGUUAAAGGGACGGGACUUUAUCCCUCCCCCUUCCCUUCCCCAAGCGUCAGUCCAAGGGAAGGGAGGGGACGAAAAGAAGAGACUGGGAGGUGGAAAAGUGGAAGAAGCUGGAAGAGCCGGGUGCUGAGGGGAGCCCCCCGGGCGUCGGGCCCUCGGGCGAGCUGGCGUCUGGAACCCGCCCCGGAGCUGCGCCCCAAGCUGCAGCGCGCAGUCAGCUCGCCGCCCAGGAGCAGCCGGGACGCGCCGCUGUCGCCCGGGCACGAUCGCGGCGGGCUGGGGACCAGAGCCCCCAGAGCUUCGCUAAGGGGAAGCUAAGUUGAAAUGGAAUUGUCCUGGAAACAGCUUGCUAACUUCUCACAAGAUCAGGAAGUGAAGUGAGAAUGAAAACCAACAGUUGAACCCAUCACACCACGCCUCGGGUACCUGAGGUACACAACAUACCUGUGUGCACUCAUACAUACUGCAGAAGACCUGAGAGGAGGCAUCAAACGAGAGAAGUGGGGAGACUGUGCAUGAAGGCAGCAGAGACCAGCAGAAAAAGGAUACAGGCCGAGCCUGUGGGAUGAUGCUGUUCACACCAAGGGUAUUCAUUUUUCAACUAUAUUAACCUCUGAAACAAAAAGAAAUGGACUUUUUAAACUCAUCAGAUCAAAACUUGACCUCCGAGGAACUGUUAAAUGGAAUGCCAUCCAAAAUUCUAGUCUCCCUCACUCUGUCCGGGCUGGCACUGAUGACAACCACUAUCAACUCCCUCGUGAUUGCUGCAAUCAUUGUGACUCGGAAGCUGCACCAUCCAGCCAACUAUUUAAUUUGUUCCCUGGCAGUUACAGAUUUUCUCGUAGCCGUCCUGGUGAUGCCCUUCAGUAUCGUGUACAUUGUGAGAGAGAGCUGGAUUAUGGGACAAGUACUCUGUGACAUUUGGCUGAGUGUUGACAUUAUCUGUUGUACGUGUUCCAUCCUGCAUCUGUCAGCUAUCGCCUUGGAUAGGUACCGCGCAAUCACAGAUGCUGUUGAAUAUGCCAGGAAGAGGACUCCCAAGCAUGCUGGCAUCAUGAUUACAAUAGUGUGGGUUAUAUCUGUGUUCAUCUCUAUGCCUCCUCUCUUCUGGAGGCACCAAGGAACUAGCCGUGAUGAUGAAUGCGUCAUCAAGCAUGACCACAUUGUUUCCACAAUUUACUCCACGUUUGGAGCUUUCUACAUCCCACUUGUAUUGAUAUUGAUCCUCUACUACAAAAUAUACAGAGCAGCAAGGACACUAUACCACAAGAGGCAAGCAAGUCGGAUGAUGAAGGAAGAGCUGAAUGGCCAAGUCCUUUUGGAGAGCGGUGAGAAGAGCAUUAAACUGGUCUCCACAUCCUAUGUGCUAGAAAAAUCCUUAUCGGAUCCAUCGACAGACUUUGAGAGAAUUCACAGCACAGUGAAAAGUCCCCGGUCUGAGUUGAGGCAUGAGAAAUCAUGGAGAAGACAGAAAAUCUCAGGCACUAGAGAGCGCAAGGCAGCCACUACCCUGGGACUGAUCCUGGGUGCAUUUGUCAUAUGUUGGCUGCCUUUUUUUGUAAAAGAAUUGGUUGUUAAUGUCUGUGACAAAUGUAAAAUCUCUGAAGAAAUGUCAAACUUUUUGACAUGGCUUGGUUACCUGAAUUCCCUUAUAAAUCCACUGAUUUAUACCAUCUUCAAUGAAGACUUCAAAAAAGCCUUCCAAAAACUUGUACGAUGUCGAUAUUAGGUUAAAGAAGUCUAUUUUUAAAGGGUGGAGGCUUUAUUUAUUUGGGGAUGGGAUAACUAAAUGAAUGUAAAGUAAUAAAACAUUUAAAUUUUUAGAGAAAAUAUAUUAAGACUGCUAAAAUUGUAAGAGCAUAAAUUUAUUUUUAAUAGCACCAAGAAAUAAGAUUAUUAAUUUGACCAUCAUUCUAGUGUUAUCAAAAUUAGGAAAUAAUUUAUGCAGCUUAUAAAUAAUCUUUUGUCUAUGCAAUAUACCUAAAAAUAUAACUGGAAAACUAUAUAUACAUACUAUUAAUUACAAUGCUUUCCAGAUUUAUAUCUUACAACAACUAGAGGAAUUUUCAAUUAACAUAGUUGCCGGGUAUUUGCCCACUAACCCCACAGUUCCCCAGAGUUUUCUUGAGUGAGAGCAGCAGGAAAUAUUAGAUGGAAGGACUUAGAAUGUGGAGAUAAACAGAUAGGAAAUACAGGAUAGCCUCGAGAGGGCCUGGAACCUACUCCAACGAGCCCUGACUGUCUCUGCCCUAAGGAAUUUAUAGAAAUGCCAAUGGGUGGAGCAAAAGACCUCCUCCCAGCACAGCCAAGUGCAGACCAUCUCAGACACCUGCACUCAGGCCCGUAGUCGAAUCAUCCUCUCUAUACAGACCUACUGGGUAAAGUCACUGGGAACCUGGAAAUGGGUUCCCACACAUAGUUCCAUUGAUAAUUUUGCAUCACCCCAUUGCAUAACUAAUCAUCCACAGAAGAAAUAUUAUUCACUCUAAUACCUCUCUUGUCUCUUCUCCAUCUUAUUCUUCGAAAAAAUUGAAGAGAAGGCAACAGCAGAUCUUAUUUAGCCUGAAUAGAGUAGAUAUGAUGAAACUCAGUGGCUUUGACAUUGUCCUCAUAUUUGGACAGCAAAAAUAAUCAUACAGUGGGCUAAGUAUGGCAAAAUAUUUCAAUAUCCUGAACUUCUGUACAUUUGAUAUCCUUACUUUGUUUAAUAUCAGCUUCUAGAAUAAUAUUAUCUUAAUCAUAUAAUAUCAAUAUUUGAAAUCAAAGCCCCAGGGGGAAGGUUUAUUAUACAAUUAUUAUAUAAUUGUUAUAUGCAUUGUCCCUUGUUCAAAAAUAAAACUUUAAACACUAAGUACCCUGAGUUACUCACUAUAGCUGUCACACUUCUAAAACAAAAUUUAUUUCCUCUCUACUAAUAUUAGUAGCCCAGUUUUUACAGUUCUUCUCCAUAUCUUAGAAUUUGAUCAUGACUCCCUUUUUAUUGUAGAGAAUAUAAUGGAAAAUAUUGAGUAUUAAAACUUUGUUUGGACAACAAAAAUCUGUUUUCCCUUUGUAAUUAGGAUAUAUUUUAUAAAUCAAGACCAUCUGAAAAACACCAUAUACCACACCUCUUUAAAUUGUCACUUUGUGUAUAUUAUAAAAUAUGCUUCCCUUGUAUAGUGUUUAAGAGUAUAAUACAUCGCUUUUUAUAUAUCUAUGAGACAUUACCCCUGGUUUAAAAAAAUAUCUAGAGGUGAGAUUUUACAUAAGGCAAUGAGAGUUGUACUAGAUAGAAGAUACCGGAAAUAAUAAAAUACAAAUUCUUUCAUCAAUGUCUCUAUUAUCUAAAGGAAGAAACAACACAGAAUUAAAACUAUAAUAGAAGAUAAUAAACAAGGAUCUAGCAAGUGAGUUAUUUACAUAGUUGUGAUGACGUCAAGACAAAGCUGAUCACCUCUAUUUGAAGAACACUGGGAAAUUUUCAUAAACAAUGCAUCUGAAAUGUGUGUCAAAUAAAGCAGCAUUUGGGCAUGAGCAAAUGAAAGGACAUAGUCCAGGUGGUGACAGCAUAAAAAGUUCAGGCUUUGUCACGCAAGAAUUAUGGCCCACGCCAUGAAUUUGCUAGCCAUUUAAGGCAACAAAGGAAAUCAAAAGAUUAAAGGAAAAAUUGAACACUGUGAAUGACUUUUAAUGUCAAGAAAAGUAAUGCACUGCCAAUUUUCUUACUACCCUUGAGUUAUCAAUGAGGAUUUUCAAAAUAUUACAGGCUUGGGGCAAACCUAACAUAAAGGGGGUGGAGGGGGGGAGUUCUCUAGAUACAAGAAGCAGAGAGAGUACUGGAGAUAUUGUCUUCAGUAGUCCAGGCAAUGGGGGAUGAAGUGCUGAACUUGAUUCUGGUAAUGGAAAUAAUAAUCCAUAGAUUACAGCAAGUACAGCAAUCAGACAGUAGGAGAAGCUGAGUGCCUAAGAUCAUCUUUACCUGAAAUAAGGAAAUUAACUGACAGGAUCUGUUGGUAAAUAACAACUUUUUCGAAAGUAUACCAGUUCCAGAUGUGCCCAAGCUCAUAGGCACUACUGACCACUUCUGGCCUAAUGAAAACCGACAUAUCAAUGAGAUUAGACUGUUCUCUGACCUCAGCACCUACAGGCAGUCGAGGUGCCCAGCCAUGUCCUUUAUCCUCACACCACUCCACCUUCACUCUCAUGCCUUGUGUCUUCCCUAUCAUCCUCUGCUUUCUUCUUUUACUCUCUCCCUUGCCAAAAUUUGAUUCUGUGAUUUAUUCAAAGACCUUCCCGAAGUUAUUUCUACACAUAUUAGAAACUUACAUUGGGAAAACUUUUUACUUUUUUUAAUACAUUUAUUUGAGACAGGGUUUCUCUGAGUAGCUCUGGUUGUCCUGGAACUCACUUUAUAAUCCAGACUGGCAUCAAACUCAAAGAUCAGCCUGCCUCUGCCACUCAAGUGCUGGAAUUAAAGGCAUGUGCCACCACCACCUGGAGGGAAAACUCUUAAGACACAAACCACCAACUAUUUCAAGCAAAGUAAACCUAGGUACUUAUACUGCCCUUGGAUCUGAGUUAGACCAAAUCUCAGAUGUAAAAAAAUAAUGUCAUAAGUGACAAAGAAGUUGCAUCUAUCUCCCUUCAGAGCUCAGGGGAAAAUCAAAUUCACUUUUUUUGUGUGUUGCAACCUCAUCAUUUAAUCCAAAGGGGCUGCAACACAGUGCAGUAUGAGUUCAUCUACAUUUGCCCCACAUGCUGAGGUAAAUCAAAUUCACUUUUUUUGUGUUGCAACCUCAUCAUUUAAUCCAAAGGGGCUGCAACACAGUGCAGUAUGAGUUCAUCUACAUUUGCCUCACAUGCUGAGGUUUCAGGCUUUGCCAUCACUAAUGAACAUGCAUCAAUGAUAUAUGUUCAAUAUCUUUAAAUGGUGACAAUGUAAGGGCGGUCCAUCUCAAACACUUUUUUUGAAAUGUAUGCAGAACACAUUACAGUUAACAAGACAGACUUCUCAGAAUGUAUUCACUUUAUCCUUUGAAUUAAAAGUUUCUAAGUAGCUAAAAACUGUCACAAAGGAAAAAAUUAAUGCAAUAUAGUGGUUCCUCUUUUAUCUGAUAAGACAGAAGGUGAAAACAUAAAUAUCAUCAAAGGUGUUUAAAUAUAAGAUAUGAAAAUUCACUUCCUACUAGAAUCUUACUAUAGUGGCACUAUAAAAUCAAUCAAAGCGUUUAUUCUAUUCUAUUAAGUGAUCUUCUAAAACUCUUCAAAUAAAAGAUGUAUUAAAAGCAAAGACCAGACACAAAAGUCAUAAGAAAGUUAAAUGAGUGGAUAUUAAAAUCAGUCUAAUAUGUCAGCACACACAGCUGCACAUGGACUGUGUUUGAAAUGUCAUACGCUUGUGAAACAUGAGCUUUCUUUCAAGUUUGUUUUAAGACUAUGAACUGCCUGGGUCAAUGUGUUUUGCUUUGUUUUGUUUCUUGGUCUUCUUUUAUAAGACCUAUCACCAAUAACCAGUUAAUGGAAGGUAAUGAGCCCGUCUUUAAGAACAACCUCCCUUAUGAAUUUCCAAAGCCAUUCUCACUUGACUUCACUAAGGAUUUGAUCCCCCAGCUCUCUGCACCCGGCCUGCAUAGGGCAGGCAUCUGCUUUGCUUACAACACUACAUCAGUAACAAAUACAUCCCCUUGCCGUAGCCUGAACCCCAUAGUCACACCCUCCAUUUAACCUUGUGCCUUUUACCAAAAAGUUUUCAUAGAAAUAAGUGGGAAAGUAAUUUAAAUCCAAUUGCUAUGAAACAGGUUGAGUUGCUCCCCCAAAUGCCAUGAAGGCAGACAUGAUCAUAAAUUCAUUACUGAUAAUCUGUGUCUUUGCUUCAAGUAUGAAACCAUUUUCUCAUGAAUUUAUAGACUUUAUUUAUUUCUAGGUCAGAGAAUCAGGUUUCCUAAGUUGUGCAGUAGAAACAUGGAAGUUUUUUUUCUUUAUAUAUCCCAAAGUCCUUCAAAAAUAAUUCUGUUUACUUUGAAAUGCAUCCCUAUUAAAGCAGCUUGUUCCAGAUAUAUGCUUCUAGUGUCUUCCUCAUAACCAGAGUGAUCGUGCUUAGACCCUCACCUUACCAUAAAAUGUUUCUAGAAUCAAGUUAAUAUUUUUGUCACGAAUAAAGUAAAUCUUUUCUAAUGA